CUGAUUCUCUUGAUAAUCUAACUCCUUCCGGAUAUCUGCUGACAUCUUCUGCCUUGAGCACCGCCGAAAACCAACAAGGCUUAGACCACUGCAUAUUGUGGAAUACGCGCUGGAAUCUGGAUGCAUACGAUAAUCCUGGCUAAAAGGGUGAUCCUGCCCACCAAUUGUUCGAUUUUGAUUGUCUUUCGAGCCUUCACCUCGACUUUGCAGUCGUAAACUCUCGUUUUGACCAACAUGGCGAGGUUUCUCUAUGUCGCGAUGCUCUUCGGAGCAGCGGUUGCGAUGCCUUGGGAUGGCGCUUUUCCAACUCCAGGCCUCGAUGCAAUGGCUGACUAUCAGGGUUUCAGCCCUGCAACUACUCAGGGCGCGAUAGACCUUUUGGAUAUCUUUAAUGAAAAGAGAGGCGUGACAGACAUCUGUGGUUACGAGGAACACGUUAGAACGUCUCGAAGGUUCUGUUCAUCGCCGUAUAUCUGUGCCACGAAUACAGAUUUCUCCGCGUAUGCAUGCUGCAUUUCAACAAGAACUGCCCAAUGCAAGUUUAAAACUUCCUGCGUACCUCAUGAAAGCAUAUCAAUUUGUGGAUCGUCGUGCUCGAAUGAUGAUCGUCUUCGAAUUUGCACGGAGGCAACUGAGCCAUAUUGCGAAACUGCAUACUCGUACACAGGCUCCCACACGUUUACCGGCUUCGCAUGUCGAUCGACUUCGGAUGGCCUAACGGCUCAUGUCUAUCCGACAUAUUCUUCCCGCUCUGGAUCUCCAUCUAGCUCGGACAGCAGUGAAACCCUCACGAGCACAGUCAGCGGCAGUGUGACCGUCAUAACGAAAGAAGUGGCUCCGUCGGGCACUGGGACCACAGCCGAUGGUGCCGAGGACCCCGACAUCACAAGCUCCACACUCUCGACAAACAACGGAUUCGCUAGCGGAGCCAGUUCCUCUGUACCAUCACCCAAGAAAAAGGGUACAGCCAUCGGACCCAUUGUCGGUGGAGUCGUCGGCGGCAUUGCCGUACUGGGCGGCAUUAUCGGAGCCAUCGUCUUCUUCCUCCUUCGCAAAAAGAAGACCGAUGCGGCCGCACCCGUGGCCGCGGGUGCGGGUGCCGUGCCCCCGCAAGGCGGAUAUGCUGCAGCCGGAUAUGCUCCGCCCGGAUACGGUCCACCGCCCGGUACGCAACCCUACGUGGACCCGAAUCAACCCCCGUACAUGCAGCAGCAAUACAACCCGAAUAUGCAACCGGCUACGCCCUAUGGCGCUCCACCUCCGCCGUUCGCGGGUGCUGCCACCAGUUACUACGAUCCCAAAGGCAUGGCGCACACGGAAACGGACCAGAAGCCGGGGGGAACGUCGCAGCACAGUUCACCAGUUCCUCCUCCAGUAGGUCUGGCGCAGGGGGGAGCCUCGGCAGGAACGCCAACCCACCCGCCGGCUCAGCAACCGAUCUAUGAGGCGCCGUGAGACGGCCAUCUCCUUUGUACUAAACGGUUUCGUGCUUAAGGGGGCCAGGAGUCUUAGUGGAUAUAUAGACUGGUAAUACUACCACAAAGUAUUCAAAUAGUCCCCAUACCUAUACCCUCAUGAUCACGAUCUAGCGCAUCUAAUCAAUGGUAUCAUAAUAAAAUAAAAUAAAACUCCCCUAACUCCUUCCGCUCUCCACCCCGCCUACCAAAUGCCCCUUCUUCCCCAUCUCUUUUUCUCUCCGCGCCACCAGCGCAUCAAACCUGUGAAAGCUACACACCCCAUCCACAAACGUCCCCCCCACCCACUUCCACCACAACCCGC